UUCGCCUUCUUGUUCUACCUGCUGACCUACGUGGGGGCUGUCUGCAACGGGCUGACGCUGCUGGGAGCAGGCGUCAUCUGCGCGUUCACCUUCCCCGUGCUCUACCGGCACUACCAGGAGUGCAGCGGCCUGGGGGACAUGCCCGGCUCCUUCGUGCCCACGGUGACGGCCAUCACCACCAGCCAGGACCUGCAGUGGAUGGUGCAGCCCACUCUCAUCUCCUCGGUGGCCCAGUCGCAGCCCCCAGGGGCACCUAUGGCGCACCCACCCCCCGUCGAUCCCUACGACCUCCCGGGACCCAGCUACUCCACGCCAGGCAUGGCCUCCAAGCUCCCCUUCGAGCACGUCGGCUCCUUGGGUGCCGGCCCCGCCGAGGUGAGCACCCUGGGCAAGGAAGAGCCGGCGGGGACCGUCGCCUUCCUACCCCCGGGUCCGUUCCAGCCCUGUGCCCAGGGCCCCUUCCCCAGCUGCUGCUUCGCACCCGGGGUCCCCUCGGGGCCACCUAACCCAUCCUAUACGUCUUCGUUUGUGUUCACCCACCCAGAGGGAGCCACCUGCGGAGCCUCGCAUCAGCGGAGCAGCAGCAGCGACCAGUCCUCGGACUCCUUGAAUUCUCCCUCGCUCCUCGCGUUGUGA